UUAAGCAGUCGCUUUAACGACCACAAGGAAACGCUGUUUUAAAUACAUUAUCAUUUUUGGAUAGAAGUUAAGCUGAUAACUGUUUUUUAAAAGAUGGCUGCUGCCCUUUUAACUGUGGUUGUCCUAAUCUGCUCAAUUGGUCUAGGUAAUGCACAAGGAGGGGAGAAGGUGUAUUCAGACAACAUCACUCGCAUUUUGGAUAGACUUUUGGAUGGUUAUGAUAAUAGACUGCGACCUGGUUCAGGAGGUGGUAUUACAGAGGUGAAAACCGACAUCUUUGUUACCAGCUUUGGGCCUGUUUCAGAUGUUGAGAUGGAAUACACCAUGGACAUGUUCUUCCGUCAGAUGUGGGUGGAUGAACGGCUAAAGUUUGAGGGCCCCAUUGAAAUCUUACGUCUAAACAACCGCAUGGUGGACAAGAUAUGGACGCCAGACACCUUCUUUAGAAAUUCAAAGAAGUCUAUUUCCCAUAACAUGACCACACCCAACAAGCUCUUUCGCAUAAUGCAGAAUGGGACCGUCCUUUACACCAUGAGACUAACAAUCAGUGCAGAGUGUCCAAUGAGGCUGAUGGACUUCCCCAUGGAUGGCCACGCCUGUCCUCUCAGGUUUGGAAGCUAUGCAUAUACCAACAGUGAAAUUAUCUUCACCUGGAGGAAGGGUCUAACAGCUUCUGUGGAGUGUCCCAAAGAGUCAAUGAGUCUUCUGCAGUACGAUCUGGUCGGGCAGAACUUGUCCAGUGAGAUCAUGAAGUCAAACACGGGUCAUUAUUCUGUGCAGGUGGUCCAUUUUCUUCUCCAGAGAAAGCUUGGUUACUACCUCAUACAGACCUAUAUCCCCCUCAUCAUGGUGGUUGUACUGUCCCAAGUUUCAUUCUGGAUCAACAAGGAAUCUGUUCCAGCGCGUACAGUUGCUGGCGCCACCACGGUGCUGACGAUGACCACCUUGAGUAUUAGUGCUCGGCAGUCUUUGCCCAAAGUUGCAUAUGCCACAGCCAUGGAUUGGUUUAUCGCUGUAUGUUUUGCCUUUGUGGCCUCUGCCCUGGUUGAGUUUGCAGCAGUGAACUACUUUGCCAGCUUGCAGGCAAACCGCCUGAAGAAGCAGAGAGCCAGACAAGACAGGCUGGAGGUGCUGGCCACUGGCAGUGACGAUGAUGACACCCUUUCUACGGACAGCAGCAGCUUUCGAGAAGGCCUGAAGCGGAGAAACCACUCACUGAGCUGCAGUGAGCCUGGAGAUGUUACCCCAGUCCCAAUUUUCCUCCAGCAGGGUUCAGCUUUUCCUCAAAUCCCUCAGCUUGCUGGUACAAGCCCGAUUGACCGCUACGCCCGCAUCCUAUUUCCCCUGACAUUUGCCCUUUUUAACCUCGGGUACUGGUACAUCUACCUGACCAAAGAGACCAUGGAGUGGGCAACGGACAUGGACCUGGAAAACUAAUGGGAAUCCAUCCAUCCAUCCAUCCAUCCAUCCAUCCAUCCAUCCAUCCAUCCAUCCAUCCAUCCAUCCAUCCAUCCAUCCAUCCAUCCAUCCAUCCAUCCAUCCAUCAAUGGACUCAUCCUUCCUCCUGCUGCACAUCUCUUCAUUUCGCAGUCUGUAGCCACUGCCCACUUGACUUCUGAUCAGCAGUUGAUUGGCUGCCCUUUACCAAGAGGUCCCAGUCGCUUUGAACCCCACCAUCCACUGCAGCUCCUCAAUCCCAGACAGAUACUCCACACGCACGCAGGACGCACUUAUACGGAACGCAUCAAAAAGACUUGGAUGAUAUAAUCUGCGGUGGCUGUAACUAGUGGUGAUGCAACAGCGAACCAAUGCUUUCAGAGGCCUGCCCUCUACAGAAGCACAGCUCUGUCUCUGCAUGGAGAUCAAAGACAGUUUAGAGGACCCCUCUCCACCCCACCCCUCACUGCUUCAAAAAUGAACUCAAUCUAGCAAAAUGAAUUGUGGGACCAUGUUUUCCUCCCCACCUUUCCUCCCUGGAGCUCCGCUGCUCUCCUCGCACUUUGUGGUGUGCUGCAGUUUCUCCCUACAUAUUGUAGAAACAAGUUUGAAACAUUUGUAUUUUUUCUAUGUAAGGAGGCGAUAGCUCAUUUCCAAGAACGGCAUUACAUAGAGGGACACAUAGGUGUGAGGAGUUAAGAAAGAAAAUGCAGUCUUAACUCAUUAUACUUAAUUAAAGCUCAUUAUUCAGAUAUAAAAUAAAGGCUGUUUUAUUUAUUUAUUUUCUUAUAUUUAAAUCAAGAUUGCCUUUGAAAAUCUCCAAUUGAUGAUCUAAAAUACUGAGAGUGAUCAAACCAGAACUGGAUUAUUAUACAGAGAUUUCUUUAUGGCCCUCUUUAUUUGUUCUUCUUCUUUUUUUUU